CACCCAACCCCUCGUCAAGAAAAAGAGCCGGAGAGUCACCUUGUCAAAAUGGCCAAGUCAAAGAACCACACCGCCCACAACCAGGCCUCCAAGGCUCACCGAAACGGUAUCACCAAGCCCAAGACCCACAGGUACACUUCGAUGAAGGGAGUUGACCCCAAGUUCCGACGAAACGCCCGAUACGCCGCUCUCGGUACCCAGAAGGCUCUCGCCGCUGCCCGAGCUUCCUCUUAAAUCCCUUCCUGAACAACCACCUCUCUCGGGCGUUCCUUUCGGAUACUGAAAUAAGAAUCUGAAUGGAGAAGAAGGAUUGGCAAUUCGGACAAGGAUGGAUUUGACUGGACGGACGGAUUAGUGGACAAGUUGGAUGGACUGGGAGAUGAUGACGAGGUGGAGCGGGAACGGCUUCGGGAAGGGAUGACCUGGAGCUAGGGUGGACCUUGAGAUAUAAAAACAAAUUUCGAGCAACAUCCGACCGAGACGGACGGACGCACGAGCGGGUGUGUUUCUGGAUGUCACGGACAGAGGGAAGAAGCGGGCAAGUGGAAACCCAAGUGCUGGAAUCCCUUUUUUCCCAUUUGUUUUACGGCACCAACCGGCUUUCAUCCUUGGACUUCUCCGAGUCUCGUGAUCCGAGAUGAAGGGAUAUGAAAGGGAGGAGAACGGAGGUCGUGAAUGGGCGAACCGCAUAUGCAUAUCGAUUCUUUUCUGA